GACAGAGCACCUCGAGGAGAUCGUGGGCGGUGGCAAACAGAUCGCGAAGCGCAUUCCAAUUGUCAGGGCGACCUCCAGGAUCUCGACGGGCAAGCGGGUGAGCGGCUACGCGAUGGCGCUCGGCGACUGCAGCGGAGCAUUCUACCGGGCGCCCCCGACGGAGAACAUAAUCUUUUUGGAGCCGCCACCCGAUGCAGUAGUGCCAGCGG